UACCCAAAAAAAAAAGAGUAAAACCCGGAACAAACAAUCUAGUAUGCCCCAAAAUACAAGGUAAAGGUAACCAAUCAACCUCAAUAAACCCGAAAACUAAUUCAUGUUCAAGUUGAAGCUCAAAGUCAUGAUGACUGCAAAAUCAUAAUACAAGAAGACAAGUUGAAACCUUUUUUCUCCACUCUUGCCAAAUCAACCUCUCUCUCUCUCUUCUAACAAGAGGGAGGGUAUCUUUUUCUCUCUCUCUCUCAGUUUUUGCUUUUUGGGUGGUAACUGGUAAGGCAAGGCAUGUUUGGUUGUGAGUGUUUUUGUUGGGAUACUGUCCCUGAACUCCUUCUCUCUGAUCCACUUCCUUAUUCUCUUCCUUCACCUCUUCCACAAUGGCCUCAAGGUGGCGGUUUCGGCCAUGGAAGAAUGUCCCUUGGGAAAAUAGAAGUUAGGAAAGUAGACAAAUUUGAGAAAGUUUGGAGAUGCACAAAUUUGAAUGGAAAGUCGUUAGGUUUUACAUUUUAUAGACCUUUGGAGAUUCCGGAUGGAUUUUCGUGUCUUGGUUACUAUUGUCAGUCCAAUGAUGAGCCGUUGCGAGGACACGUUCUUGUAGCUCGGGAAACUAGUUCUCAAACUCGACCUGAUUGUUCUCGUGAUUCUGCGUUAGAAUCCCCGGCUUUGAUAAAACCAGUUAACUACUCGUUGAUAUGGAGCAUGGAUUCACAUGAUGAAUGUGUUUACUUUUGGUUGCCAAACCCUCCGACGGGUUAUAAAACCGUCGGCAUAGUAGUUACUACGAAUCCAGAUGAACCGAAAGUGGAAGAAGUUAGAUGCGUGAGAACCGAUCUAACGGAAGUUUGUGAGACGUCUGAUCUAUUACUAACAAUAAAGUCGAAGAAAAACUUGUUCCAGGUUUGGAAGACGGAUCCCUGUGAUAGAGGUAUGCUAGCGAGUGGAGUACCUGUUGGGACAUUCUUCUGUGGCACAACCUACUUUGAUUCUGAACAAGUGGUGGAUGUUGCGUGUUUGAAGAAUCUUGAUUCUUCGUUGCAUGUAAUGCCGAAUCUCAACCAGGUUCACACGCUUAUUAAGCAUUACGGGCCGACUGUAUAUUUUCAUCCUGACGAGAUAUACAUGCCAUCAUCAGUGCCCUGGUUUUUCAAGAAUGGAGCGCUUUUGUAUACCGCGGAUAGUGCGAAGGGCAAUGCUAUAGCUUAUGACGGCUCAAAUUUACCUUGUGGUGAAUGCAAUGAUAGUGCGUUUUGGAUUGAUUUGCCUAUUGAUGAAGAUGCGAGAAGUAAUCUAAAGAAGGGAAACAUCGAGAGUGCGGAACUCUAUGUUCAUGUAAAACCGGCAUUAGGAGGAGCCUUUACCGAUAUUGCAAUGUGGGUUUUCUGCCCCUUCAAUGGACCUGCGACACUUAAAGUCGCAUUGAUGAACAUUGAGAUGAGUAAGAUAGGCGAACAUGUUGGUGAUUGGGAGCACUUCACGCUUCGCGUCAGCAACUUCACCGGAGAACUUUGGUCGGUUUUUUUCUCUGAGCACAGUGGAGGUAAAUGGGUGGACGCAUUCAAUUUGGAGUUUAUUAAGGAUAAUAAACCGAUUGUUUAUUCGUCAAGACACGGCCAUGCUAGCUACCCUCAUGCCGGGACUUACCUUCAGGGAUCAUCCAAACUUGGAAUAGGUGUUCGAAACGAUGCUGCUAAAAGUAACUAUAUUGUGGAUUCAAGCUUCAGAUAUAAGAUUGUUGCGGCCGAGUAUCUCGGUGACGGAGUCAUUACAGAGCCGUGUUGGUUGCAGUAUAUGAGAGAGUGGGGUCCUACCAUUGUAUACGACUCGCGGUCCGAAAUAGAGAAGAUAAUAGACAUGCUUCCAAUAUUUGUUAGGUUUUCUGUGGAGAACCUAUUUGAAUUAUUUCCAACUGAGCUUUAUGGCGAGGAGGGGCCAACUGGUCCAAAGGAGAAGGACAAUUGGCUAGGAGAUGAAUAUUGCUAGUCAUGCAUUAUGCUAACCAUAUGCUAUUAUUAAUCAUUUCUCUUGAGCUAAGGAAUCCAAACUUGUAAGAUAUCAUCUUUUUGUCAUGAUAAUGAUUUGUUUUCGGAUUUUGAAUUCCUGCAGUCGCAAAUUUACGCAUUCACACAGUUAGCAGAUCAGUACAGGUUGAGAUCAAAUGGUGCAUAAACCAAACAGAUUUUGAUUUGAAAUCUGAAUUGUCCGGUCUAGAUUCAACGAUCAGUGAUGUCCUGACUGCGUGAAUGUGUGGUUAAGUGACCAAGAUAUUGUCAUCAUGUAGAAACUGUGUAGGAGGUGUGCCACGCAUGGGUAGUACAUAUAAAUUUCUUGAUUCGCACGGAACGAAAACAGUAUCUAUAUCUCUGAAUUUUAAGUUGUUUUAUGUAUAAUACACAAAACUUAGAACAUGUACAAGGUAGCUAUAGGUUGUAUACACAUUCAUAAAUGCUUUCAUUAGUAUUGCUUGUAAUGGAACAGAAAUGUGCUUGAUUCAGUGUUGUUACUUAAGUUAAUUUUCUUUCAUUUGCUUGUUUGAA